AUGCCACCAAGAUCAGCGAAUAAAGUUAAAGUUUAUGUUCGAACGCGUCCAACAACUAGUUUUGCAUCGGAUAUGCUUGCAAUAGGACCUGAUAAUCGAACAGUUGGUAUUCAUCGAGCACCAUCACAAAAUGUUGUUGAUAAUAAAAUAAAUGAUUGGACAUUUCAUUUUGAUGGUGUAUAUAAUAAUGUUAAUCAAGAAGAAAUUUUCAAUGCUACAGCUAAAGAUGUUAUCACUCGUACAUUAGAUGGUUACAAUGGAACAAUAAUGUGUUAUGGUCAGACUGGAGCUGGAAAAACUCAUACAAUGACUGGUUUUACUGAGAGUUAUUCAAAUCGUGGUAUUAUACCUCGUACUUUACAACAUCUUUAUCAAGAAAUAAAUAGUCGACAAGAAUUUUCUUAUUCUAUUCGUAUUGCUUAUCUUGAAAUCUAUAAUGAUCAAAUGUGUGAUUUACUUCGUACAUUAGAUACUCAAUCAGAUUAUCAACAACAACAACAAUUAUCUAUUGGUGAAGAUUCGGGCUUAGUUUAUGUUAAAGGAUUAUCAUAUCGUCUUGCAAAUAGUGAAGAAGAAGCAUUAAAUUUAUUAUUUGAAGGUGAAACCAAUCGAGCUAUAGGACAACAUGUUCUCAACAAACAAUCAUCACGUUCACAUUGCUUAUUUACUAUUGUUAUUGAACGUCGAUCAUUAGUAUCAUCGAGUGAAAAAUAUACAAUGUCAAAAUUAAAUCUAGUUGAUUUAGCUGGUAGUGAACGAUUAGCUAAAACGAAUUCGGAAGGUAUUACUAAACGAGAAGCAACAUUUAUUAAUAAAUCUUUAUCAUUUCUUGAACAAGCUGUAAUUAAUUUAUCGGAUAAAAAAUCAAAUUCUCAUAAUUGUCGAAGUUCGAAAUUAACACAUGCAUUGAAAGAUAGUAUUGGUGGACGAUGCAUGACAGUAAUGAUUGCAAAUAUUUGGCCAGAAUUACAACAACUUGAAGAAACAAUUUCUACACUUCGUUUUGCUAGUCGAAUGAUGUGUGUACCUGCUGAACCAACUAUUAAUGAAGUUAUUGAUCCAAUAAAAGCUAUUGAAACUUAUAAACGUGAAAAUAAACUUUUACGUGAAGAAUUAGCAUUACAUGAUUCAUUAGCACGUCGUCAUAGUGUACCACAUGAAACAUUAUCGGAACAACAAAUAUAUGAAAUUGAAAAUCAAUGUCGAAAAUUUAUUGAAGGAUCAUUAGAUGAUAUUGAAGUCAAAAAUCUUCGACAAAUACAAGCUGUAUUUAAUGCAUUACGAAAUAUUUGUCGAACAACUGAAAAGGAUGCUGAAAAGAAAUGUCGUGAUCGAUACAUUCCUGCAGAUAAACAAGGAUAUGAUCAACAAGAUGGUCAUAAGGAAGAUGAUUAUUCAGAAAUUAUGCCUGGCAGUAGUCGAGGUGGUAUGGGAGGAGAUCUUGAUGGUCAAAAUUUUGGUACAGGUGCAAAAGAUCAACGUGGCAGUAAAGAGUCUUUACUUAAAAUGGCACGAAAUAAAAAACAACAGGCAACAACACCAGCAGCUGCUGUAACAACCUUAAAACCACCAGCAACACAACAGCCUGGUGCUAAGGCAAAAUCUCCUCCACCUCCUGGAUUUAAACCAAAUGGUGCUGGUCCUCAACGAGGUGCAACAACGGAUGAAGAACAAUUUUCACAAGUGAAAGAAGCAAGUGAUGUAGUUGAUACAAAAGAUCAACCUCCAAAUACACCACCUGGUCGAGCAGUUGCAUUUGAAGAGUUUAAACAAGGUCGAGGUUCAAAUUUAAAUAAAAUCUAUCUCGAUAAUAAAGAAAUAACAGCAGUAAAAAAGAAACAAUUUACUGAUUUAGCACGUCGUAUUAAUCAAACAAAAGGUGAAAUUGAUGAAACACGUGUUAAAGCUGAACAGAAAAAGAAUGAAAGAUUAUCAAUGGGUGAAUUUUUAAAUGAAAAUGGUGAAACAAUAAUCGAUGAAGAAGAAUAUGAGCUUAUUUCAAAAUUACAAGAUCUUAAAGGUAUUUAUCGAACUGAUUUUGAUGAAUGGAAAAGUCUUAAAUCCGAAAUAUCCUAUUGUCAAAAUUUGGUUAAUCAAUGUCAAAAUCGACUUCUUCAAGAAUUCGAUAUUUGGUAUAAUGAUUGUUAUUCGAAUGAAAAUACUACCGGUGGUCCCGAUGAUUUAACAUCAUCAAAUAAGAAUAAUAAUGAUUCUCGUGUUUAUGAUGAUGCAGCUGAAAGAUUCGAACGUAUGCAAAAAGAAUUAUUACUUUCCGAUCUUGAUAGUAUGCCAUUUCGACAAGCUCAAAUGAAAACAAAUCGACGUCAUGUUUUCGAUGCAGCAACAGCUCAAGGUCCAUGGAAACAAGCUCCAUCAACAACUGUUACAACAAAUAGUGCUCAUUAUCUUGGAUAUGAUGAACAAGAAUCUCUUCCAUCAUUAUAUACAAAUGGUAAUCAACAAAAACCCAUGGUUCGAUAA